UCUAUAGACUAUAGCCUGACCAUAAUGGGCCGCUGGGCGAAUUAAGAAAAAAAAAUAACAAAAAAAAAAUGUUUUGAGAAAGAUUUUUAAUUUUUAAAUAAAAUGUCGGUAUUAUUAAAUAGAACCAAAUCAUUCAUUUGUACAAAAUCAUUCUGCAAGUCUUUAUUAGUAAGGAAUUAUUCAGAUGUGCCGAAGAAAUUUAAAACAUUUGAUGAAGUUAUUGCUCAAAGAAGAGAAGAAGCUCGUCGUAGUCUUGUAGUGCAAGUGAACUCAGAAUCUUCAUUCAAUGAGCUUUAUAACUACUGUUCAACUCAUGCAACGGUCAAAGAUGUUCACCAUUAUAAAAAUUUUAAUGAUGAGCAUUUUAUGCUCAUGGAGUUUGCUUCCGAGGACAAUGUGAAGGAAGUUUUACAAACAUGUUGUUUUCAUCAAAAGGAUGCAGAUAUUAUGGCAUCCAAGUCACCAUUUGUGUGGUUCAGAGCAACUCCAGGGAAUAAGAACAAAUAUGAAGCAACUACAAAGAGUUUAGCAGUAAAGGAUGGAAAUAACAAAGUUGAUGAAGAUGAAUUGUUUGGAAAUCUCAUGGAAUGUCAUACAGUGUCAGACCAAAUUCAAAUGCUGUAUGACAAAACAAAGCUGAAUGAUGUCGGGAUAAGGUUAAGGUUUAUGUUAGCGAGGCAGCUAGAAGUAAUGAUGAGCAGUCUGUAUGCCAACAUUGCAAUAUAUCCCUUCGGUUCAUCAGUCAAUGGCUUUGGGAAAAUGGGCUGUGAUCUGGACCUGGUUUUAACUAAUAAUGUUAAUUAUGAAUUGCUGGACUCGAAUCGUCGCCUAGUGUACCAGGAGAAGAAAUGUGAAGGAGGCCGCAGUCCGUGGCAGAGGCACAUGGAGCUAGUGGGCACUUUGCUUGAGCUCAGGGUGGCCGGAGCCGCCAGGGUGCAGAAGAUCCUUAACGCCAGGGUGCCUAUUGUCAAGUAUUCACACGAGCUGACCAGUCUAGAUUGUGAUCUAUGUUAUAAUAAUAUGUCUGGCGUGUACAUGUCGGAGCUGCUAUGGCUGCUGGGCGAGAGAGACCCGCGCGUGCGGCCGCUCACGUUCGCAGUGCGGCGCUGGGCGCGCACGGUGUCUCUUACCAACCCGCACCCCGGCCGCUGGAUCACUAACUUCCCUCUCACGCUGAUGGUGCUUUUCUUCCUGCAGCAGAGGAGACACGAUGGCUUUAUUCUGCCUUCAUUCAACAAGUUGGUCGCGGCUGCGGGCAAAGAUGAUAUCCGAAUAGCAGAAGAAUCUGUCAACUGCACGUUCCUACGCGACCUCAACAAGCUUCCUGCCGACAGCAGUCGAAGUGAAGAUAACCUAGAAACUUUGCUCUAUCACUUCUUCGAAUAUUAUGCUCAGUUCGAUUUCCAAGAGAAGGCCAUAUCCAUAGUAGAAGGUGUACCAAUCAGGAAACCCAACUCGUUGCCUUUAUACAUAGUGAACCCCCUGGAGCAAGCUUUGAAUGUCAGUCGGAAUGUCAGCUUUGAGGAGUGCGAGAGACUGAAAAUGGAGGUGAGGAACGCCGCUUGGCAUCUAGAAGCUGUGUUAGACGGAAAGAAGACUGAAGACUGGGGGCUCCUAGGGCUGCUUGAAAAACAGAGCACCCGGGGAGUAAAAAAACUUCUGAGGGUUGGACAUAACCACAGGUUGGUUUCUGUUAAAGAUUUAUUUGCUGAAGACGAGGAACCGAAACGGAAGACUGAUCAACAAAUAGACGCGAGUGUGAAAGAUAUUAAGAACGCAAUGGUUACAAAGAAAGAAACCAAGGAAAGACAAUUAAAGUUUAAGAACACACAAGUUGCCAAUGAAGUGUACAGGAUAAAGAGGAAUAAAUUAUGAUUGUAGUGAU